UGAGCCUCUAGAAGGCGGGAGCUGCACGAAGAUGGUUGUUCUUCGGGUGUUUUUCAAAUUGUAUACCGUUCUCCCAAUCGCGAUCAUGUCUCCUCGCCGUGAGAUGAGUUCUGUGUUGUCCUCUGAUGUAAAGUAAAUGAGUGAGGCAGUAAGUGGGCGAAGCAGGAGGUCGCUUGCUCUUAGUUGGUGACGCAACUACAAGAAAAACAUCAAGAUGCGGCGUUGAAACAUCGUUCGUCUCAACAUCACCGUCCAGUGCGGGGAUGAACACUUGUCGGGGCAAGACCUCCGCGUUUUAGUCUCAGCAGGAAGCAGUAAGCGGACCGCACGCUCCCAGGUCGUGGCGCCAUCAUGGCGGGUCGAGCCAGGUUUUUUCAUUCCGGCGCCCGGGUUGCAGGGCUGCUGUUUACAACCGCACUCCUGGGAAGCGUUCCACCAGCGGUAGCCACCGCGAAAAACCUGCUGCUCGCGAAACAGCAAGUGAAACGACUGGCGGUAGGAGCCAGAGUUGGAACUGCGGCUGGGAAAAAUGGGCACAAUUUCCGGAAAAAGCGGAGACGGAGCGUGCUGCGAAUCUGUAAUGCGUACCCCUACGCGAAGCCGAUGAACGUGUUCUUAAACGACGUGGAGCUGUACGGGGGAAUGGAGUACAAGGAAUGCGAAGACUAUCCAGGAAAAAAACUAUGUAAGUGUAACUUUGUAGGAAGAUCAGCAUCACAAAUUCGUUUUGCAUUACAGGGAAAACCUGUCAUGUGCAGCUAGUAGUUGGAAGCACCCAUGAAAGUUGCCUAUGACGCACCUCUAGCAUGACAAGUGUAAACAUUUAUAGCAUUUCCUGCAUCAUGACAGACUUACACUUACACAGUUUUUUUCUUGCAUAAAGACUUUGUGGACUUGAACCUGCUUCCCGGCGACACCAUCCGUUUCAAGACCGAAGUCGACCACCACCAGCACAUAUGAAUUGCAAAAGUAUCGUACUAGUACGUAGGAAUUCUUGCAUUACAAAUUAGCUCAGCAUGACGAAUGGGUUUGUCAUGCUGUUUUACCUUGCGAUGCAGAUUUGUAAUGCGUGAUAGUUAUUAAUACUUCGAGUAAGAGACUUUUGCACUGCAUAGCAUAGCGCCGGCAUUUUCGAGAUCGCGGAUCUGCCAAACGAGAAGGCGACGACGCUGUUGCUCGUCAUCACCCGCCACGAUACGCACAGCAACGCGGUCGCCUUCCAGUCGCACGUCUUCCAGCACGACCCCAAGCACGCACAGGUUGCCGUGAUCGACGCUUAUCGGGGAACAAAUCCCGCACGGGUGCAGAUCAUGCACGAAAACGCCGUCUACAGCCCCAGCGCGAGCGUGGAGCAGCUCCCCAUUGGGCGGGUGAACAAGAUUAAUGGGGUAUCAUUUGUAAAAACGUCCCCACCUCCCCAUAGUUGUCAUCCCAAUCUGCAUGCUCAAAAUGUUUCUCAUGCGGAGCCCCAUGCUAAGCGUUUUCUAGUCGUUUUUUGGAAUUUGUAAUGCUCCAAUCAGCAUGAUGGGCUAGAGCUGUGAUGCUGCUGAGCAAGCUAAGCAGGACUACACUACAAAGAGGCCAAACUUGUCAUGCGCAACACCCAAAGCUGACAGAGUUGUCUAGCAGAUUUCGCAUGGUGAAUAUGGGGUGGGCACGGUUUUGCUCAGGAUAUGGGGGCAUGUUCGACUUGAUUCUCGACGAUGGGAGUAGUACACAAAAGGAGACUAUCCAAUGCACGAAUGUCUGGGUCUGGACAAACUUGUGAUGCUGGGUGGCGUAUCAUCAGGGGGCCACAAGUGCUGGCUCAGCAUGACAAGUUUCUGAGCUUCUAGGUGUUCGCCCCUAUUCUGCAUGACAAAAUGCGUUCGUGCAUGACAGAAAAAUGGGGCUCUUGGAUGAUGUGCAUGACAAAUUCAAGAGUCAUGCGAGACAAGCAUGACAAACUUGCAUCCUUCUAGACCCAGACACUUUUGCACUUGAUAGAGACCGCGGUCGACGCGCCGCCCACACCGGACGACAAUCAGCUGUACAAAUUCGUCGCGCUGCCGGGCCACGACUACGUGGUCUUGCGAACCGGCAUCGAGGACGAGAAGGAGGAGGACGACGGGGCGCAGGAGGAUGAAGCCGCUGGCGCGGAUAAUCCCGUUCCAGGGGACGUGUCGUUUCCGGAAGAGCUAGUGGUGUUUCCCCUCUCGGAUCCCAACCGACUGCUGAUGGGAGAGCACGGCGGGUACUGGUUUCUGGACACGAAAUUUGUCUUGUUGAUGUUCGUGCUGAUGAUUCUUGCCUACAAGGUCUUCAAGCCGGACGAGAAAUCCGGGCAGUCCAUCUUCAAUCAGGGCGUGAACUCCAUGACGACGGGGGUGCAGGUGGGCGCCGCGGGGCUGCUGACGCGGGUCGCGGGUGACCAGGUAAAUUCGCCGACCAACUCAAACCACGGGUAAAGGACGGGGAGGUCGUUUUAUUUGUCGUGUUGCGAAAGCAGCGGAAAAGCGCUUUGUUUCGCGGCAAAGGUGGAGCAUGAAAAAGAAUAUUGUUUUCCGGUGAAUUUCGUCUCGA